CCCCCGCCCCCUCCACUACUCCCCCCAGGCGACGGGGCUUUGCAGAACUGGCUAAACGGGUGGUGAUGCAGGAGAGACUGAAGAAAGAGGUCCUGGAAGCUGGAGAAGAAGGUGAAGGAGAUGAAGGUCCUGAAGAUGACAUGUCCAUUGAGGAAGUGGAGAAGAGGGCCAAGUCAGGAGAUGCCAGAGCACAGACAAGUCUGGGCAGAUACUACCUGCGGUUGGCUGAGGAGAAGGAGGCGGAGCUUAAUAACUGCUUGGCUGUUGAUUGGCUGAUGCAGGCCUCAAGACAGGGGCACAGGAGUGCAACCCGUCUUUUACAGCAGUGCUGGAUCCAAAGGAAAGGCAUCAGUGAUGACAACGAGCAGGAGGUGUGCAGGCUGUCGUCAGAGAGCAGGUUUGAGCAGGCAGUGAGGAAGGCCGCCAUGAUGAUGUUCUGUCAGCUGAACCCCGAUGGGAAGAAGAGGAUGGCUGUGACCGAGAUGCUGGAGAACGUUGGACAGGUCAAUCCUGCCCGGGGGGGCGCCACCGCAGACCAAGCCCAGAAAGUCCUUGAGAGCAUGGUUACCGGGAAGUCGGGUCAGUUUGUGGACCUGAAUGACUUUGUGGAGAUCACUAAGCAGUAUGCCCAAGGCAUCGCCCCAACAGCUGGGCCCAAGCUGGACAGAGCCCAGGGCCCGGCGCCUCCCUGUGGAGAGAAGCAGCCCAGAAGCCUGGUUCCUAAGAAGCCAAAGAAGAGCCAUGGUAGUUGGGGAAUGGGCCGCGGUCGUAUGAUGAUGGACACCAAACGCCACUUCAUGAUUUUACAGUAUCCUCUUAGCACGGUCUUAGAGGUGAAGGACCAGUUGGUAGAUUGGGUGUCCCGUGCUGGUGUCCAGUGGCUGAGCGCCAUUAUACCAACGCAGCACGUCAACACGCUCAUCUUCUUCUUCAUCAUCAGUAACCUGACCAUCGACCUGUUUGCCUUCGUCAUCCCCCUCCUCGUCUUCUACCUCUCCUUCAUCUCAAUGGUGAUCUGUACACUACGCAUCGUCCAGAGCGGCAAGGCAUGGGAGAACUUCAGUACCCUGACAGCCCUGCUGACUAGGUUUGAACCGGGCCUGGACAUGGAGCAGGCAGAGUCUAACUUUGGCUGGAAUAAUCUCGAACCCUACCUUUACUUCCUGUUGUCUGUGUUCUUCGUCAUCUUCUCCUUUCCUGUCGCUGAUAAAGGGUGGAUCCCUUGCUCAGAACUCUCCACGGUGGCCAUCUUGUUUACGGCGGUCAGCUACAAGAGCCUGAAUCCCUCGGCUGCUACCUACGCUAAAUGGGCCCUCAUCACUGAGGUGGCGUCGUCGGCGUGCUUCCUCACCAGCCUCCUGCCGGAUAGUGCCGUGUUCCUGAGGAUGCUGAGUCACACAUUCACCACUCUGCCACUGGGGGGCGCUGUGGUGCUGAAACUCAGUUUGCCCUGCCUGCUCUAUGUCUACCUGUUCUACCGCUUCUUCAGCAUGGCAAGACAGCGUGGUUUCCGUGGUACCUACUGUUUCCUGGUUCCGUACCUGGUGUGCUUCAUGUGGUGUGAGUUCUCCGUAGUUCUCCUCCAAAACUCCUCCCCCGUGGGGCUCAUUCGGACCUGCGUGGCCUACUUCCUCUUCCUGUUUGCCCUGCCGGUGUUGGCUGUGGGGCUGGCCGGCAUGCUCCUCAUCCAGAUGUUCAGAUGGUUCCUGGAGCUGGAACUGACCAAGAUGAUCGUGACUCUGGCGGUGUGUGCUGUGCCAGUAACUCUGCGACUGUGGACGCGCUUCGGCCUGUCGCUCAUGGAUGUUGUCCGCUCGAUGUCUCAGCGAGGCGCUGUCAAACUCAUCCUCUGCUGCGUUACCAUGGUGAUGGUGUUCUUCUGUACAUAUGUGUAUCACUCAGAGGGACUACAGGAGUAUAACUCCGCAUUGACCUGGAGACAGUAUGGUGAUUUGUGUGGUCCACCUGCCUGGAAGGAGAAAGGCAUGGCACAGACACAGAUCUUCUGCACCCACCUGGACGGACACCAGGUGACGUGGAGGGGGAGGUUCCUGCAGGUACGCGUGGUGGAAACGGAGAACGGUGCCCAGUCCGUCAUCAACCUCCUCCCCAUCUUCAUGGGGGACUGGUUGCGCUGCCUCUAUGGAGAAGCCUACCCCAAAUGUGACCCUCCUGGGAGUACCUCCAACAGCACCUCCUCUACAGAUGCCUCCAACCCUCCUGGUAGUAUCUCCAACAGCACCUCCACCACAGAUACCCCCAACACUAACAGAAACCCCACCCUCGCCGACAACGCUGGAACGGCGGCCCUUCUUCUGCAACAGGAAGAGGAGGAGCUCUGCGUCAUCAAGUCGCUGGCCAAACACAAGUGUCACGUGAAGCGGUUCGACAGCUAUGUGUUAGAGGUGGGUGUGAGGAUGCCAGAGGAGGAGGGGGUCCCUGUUGACCCGGCGAGGGACAUCAAGCUGGUGGCCAGCCAUGAAUUCAGACAAGUGUUGCUGCACCUGGAGGCCGGCAGCCUGGUGGAGUUCAGCACCACGUUGAGGGGUCGCCUCGGGGGUCAGGUGCCGUCCUUCGAGCUGAAGGCCAUCCACUGCCUGGACUGUGACUCCUCCCAGCUGACCGCCUCCAGGCAGGUGAAGAUCGAGAGGGAUUGGAGGCGGACCACGCUCAGCUCCGUCAAGUUCGCUUUCGACUUCUUUUUCUCGCCCAUCCUCUCCGCGCAGAUCGACGUGUGAUGGGACGGUGCGCGCCGGGAGGUCAGCGCGAUCGGACAGGAAGGGGGGGACUCCGGUUUGACCGCCCGAAGGGAAUGGUUGCGAGUGGUCAGGGUGUUGUCUGUUACCUUCAGGAAGCAGUGUUGUUUCGCUGUCACGACAACAUCAGGGAAUGAAGGGCUUGCGGCUUUUGUGAUGGUAUGGGCGUAUCAUAUCCUGAGUGAUCCUACUGAAACAUCUGGUUAGAUGAAAUGAACUUGCAAGUCCAUCAACUAAUAUGUGGAAUAUGUUAUAUAAAACUCGGAAUAUCCCCGGCUCUGUUAAAUACAACUGAUUGGAAUUGCCCCGGGUCUUCGGAGAUGGACGUCAGUCAGCAAGAAACAUGGUAGAACAAUUAUGGUUUUCCCUAAAAAACGUACAGACAUUCGAUAAGGUAAGAUUCCUGUAAUCGAGGUUUUAAGAUGGAAACACAGCAAUCCUCAAAUCCGAAUUUCUUGACAACCUAUCACAAAAGUAAAGUAACCAGAAUUGUACAAUGUUAAAUGAACACACAGACGACCAAUGCGUAUUUGAUAAACCUAACUGUUCCUGUGAUGAUGUUUCUUUGUAUUCGGUCUUCAGAGUAGUUGAACUAACUAACUGGUUUUCAUUCAAGUAGUCAAACCUCAGGAUCAUCUAGACCCAGCACACCGAAUGAAUGUGAAGCAAUAUUUGAAAUGUUCUUGCCUUUGAUAAGGGACACUGGACUGGAUACGUUUGACAUUUAGCAGUCACUCUUAGUGGGGUCUGUACGUUCUUUUGCUUCACCUCAUCUUAACGUUUGCAGUGGGACCUAGUUGCUUGCCAGGGGACGAUUUUGGGAUUCGCAUUCAAGCACGGCACGUAGAGCGCUAGCAGUGUCACAGCCUAGGUUUGUCAAAUCAGUUCAGGCACCGUUCACACUCAGGAACAAGAACAUAACAACAUACAAUGCUCAACGGGAACUCUCAGGAACUAGGUGCUGACAGCUCAAACUGCUUGACCUCCGUUGCGCCAAAUAGGCUGUGCGCCUUUGGUGAGGACAUACUUAGUGAGGACAUACUUAGUGAGGACAUACUUAGUGAGGACAUACUUAGUGAGGACAUGCAUCUGCAUUAGCCUCUGCUAACUUUGUGACAACAGCCAAUGUAGUGUAACGGCUUGAUUGAUUGGUUGCUGUAAAAGAGUGUUGUACUGACUGAAACGUUUUAACUGCCUAAUCUGACUGACCUCAAACACUGGAGGUUGCCCAGGUUGCCUCCCAAAUGUCAGUCGUUUACCUUUGGGCCCUGGUCAAAAGUAGUGCACUUUAAAGGGAAUAGGGUGAGAUUUUGAAUGUAGCCUAACUUUAUUCACCCAAUUGAUUUGUUUCUAUUGUUGUAUUACAACUGUCAUUGUACAGUGGCUUUCAUUAAACUGUCCCAAAACA